GAUUGAAAAUCAAUGCCGUAAUGCAAGAGUGAUUAUCCACUCGCCUGCUUCAAUCUAUUUCAAAUGCUAUGUAUACUUAUCUUUCUCUUGUCAAAGUCAUUACAACCAUUCUAAACUUACUUUAUGAAGUGUUGGUAGACGUGUAUAUAAUCCAGUUGAUUAAUAGUCAUCAGAUCUAUCAAACUAUAUACUGAACCACUUAGUGCUCUUCCAACAAAACUUCAUUAUUCUGCAAGCGAUUUUCGACAUUAUUGUACUCUUCAAGCAAUAUCUAAAAUUCUACACAUUGUGAAUCACUAUUAUGAGCUAUAUCUUAUGGAAUCGUUAAUCGUAUUCAUUUGAACUUAUUCUUGUGAGAUAUUUCAGAGGAAAAAUAUAUUGUUUUGUUUCUUAUCUUUAACUCGAGGCAUAUAUGAUCAUCACAUCAGACUGGUUACCAUGGCAAUCAUCAAACAAUGUUGCUGUUGCAGCGUUAGGAGAGGAUCUAUAAUCACUGGCAUUUACGGAAUACUCUAUUCUAUCAUCAUAAUAGCACAUACAGCCCUGCUGUUUAAAGCUUAUUCUGUAUGGGAUCUCAGAGGCAAAAUCGAACCUCAUUUUGUCGUCAAGCAAUUUUACAAGAUCGGAGAUAUAAUCAGUGAAAUUGAAGACCAGGAUCGAACUGAAUUUUAUGGCAGGAUAUUUGCUUUGCUGUUUUUCGUUAUAUACCUAAUCGUUUCCAUCAUGUUGGUGUUUGCAGCAUGUAGGCGCUACCGAUUUCUAGUUCUUCCUUUCUUAAUUGUGCUAUGCUGCCUGGUCGUUUUACAUUUCAUCACAAUUGUAGAGGUGUUUGGAGCCAUGCUCCAGAUGUCCAUAAUGGGAAUCUCUCUUGUUUUGCCUCUGGCAUUUCACAUCACAUCUACACUCGUUGAUUUAUCAUGCGUUUUAUGCGUCGUUUCUUUGUUUCAACAAAUUCAACAACAACGGAGAGAAGAUGAGAGAGGACCUCGGCCACCUUCAAGAUCUAGAUCAAGAAGACCUACAUAAUAAUACCAUCUAACAUUAAGAUGUCACCCAA